CGUUCGACUACGCGGUUCGCGCGCCGUUCAGUUGUCCCCCGGCCAGCACUUUCGAACCCUCUUCGGGCAGUCGGCCUUCUACCACGUCCGCGACCGCAACGGUGUUCGUAGUAAUAACGCCGAGGGUCUAAUUUUAUUUAUUUUUUUUUGCCGCCAAAAUUUCCACGAGGUGAGUUACCGCGUCUCUGCGGUGCCCGGUACCGCCAUACCGUUCGUUGUUGACCGUCGUCGUUGGUUUUUUUUUUAUUUUCAGGAGCCGCGUUCACCCGGCGACAAGUCAAUCGAUUCCCGACGCACGUGGGACCGCAGCAGACGCUCUACUUGCACGCGGGCCUUUCGACUAGCCGCCAGACGUCAUGUCCGAAUCGCUGUCGCUGACCGGCAUCGGACCGCCGUCCGAAACGUGAGUAUAUUACGUACCUAUGCUGUUAUAACAUUGCGGGAUUUUUUCUCGUCCCGUUUACACGACCGUUGGCGAACAAAACGCGUGCCCGUACACACACACACACACCCGUCUACCCACCCGCGGCGCGGUUGAUGUGGAACGCGCGGGCACACACGCGGAACCCAAACGAAAACGCGCGCAACUGCGAUGUUCGGAUAUUAUUGUUACCUAUGCGCCAUAAUAGUAUUAUCGUUUUUUUUUCGAAAAACGUUUUAUCAAAAUGCCGUUGAAUGCACGGCAAUACGCUACGUACGACGAUGCGACGGGUACCUGACCCACGGGUACGCGUAUUACAAAACGAUUAUGUUCGAUUUUUAACCGCUUUACCGAUUCCGUUCGGCCGCGCCGCGACAGCGAUAAUAUAAUGAACAGUAUUGUGUGACCGAUGAUGAUUAUGUGCCCCUCUCCCCCCCCCCAUCAACGACUGGUGACGGGGAGUGGAAAAACCGUCGUCGUGGUGGUGCGAUUCGAUUCACGCGCGGGUUCGGUGGUUAUUAUCUGUAAACCUGUUCUGGGUGAAAUCCCCAGCAACAAUACCUUCCCAGGUAUAUUAUUAUUAUCGUGGUGCGUUCGGGUGUUGUACAAGAAGAUACGAACCAUUGGACGCUACGAAAAUCCGCGAAAGGUAUAAAUAUAGGAAUAUGAGAAAAAAAAAACCCCCCAUUAUACCUACAAGAUUAUAUUAAUAAUAAUGCAUUUAUUACGUUUCACCGGCGUACAAAUCUUUUUCGACUUGGUGUAAUAUUCCCAUUGCAAUCAUUGCAUAAUAUUUUUUCCACAAAUUCAUGGGCGGUCAAACGUGGUGUGGAGAGUACGGGGGGGGCGAUAUUUGCCCCUCGACAUUUAUAUUAUAUAUUACCUAUUUAAUUCUAAACACAAAUAAUGUAAAUGAUAAUUGUUAAACAAUCGAGGCUUCACACUUCCGUUCCCGCGACAAAAUAUCAUUUGAACCACUUGUUUUUUUUAUCGAAUAAAUUAUCCUGUUACAGUGUAACGGACGGAUUACAAAACCAUCGAUUGUUUUUUUUUUUCUAAAAUAUGUCGUCAAAUAAUACGCGAUUAUUAAAAUAUAGUUUAUCGAUCGAUAGACGAAUAAUAACGAACGAUUAUUAAAAAAAAAAAAAAAAUACACGCCUCCGCGUCUAAAAUCUAUGAACAUAAUUAGUUGUGGUGUAGGAACUAAUACACUAUGACAGUUAUUAUACUUGUUACUAACGUAAUAAUCGGUACGCGAAUUGAAAACGUAUUCGAUUUUUUUUUAGCUAGGUAAUGAGAAAAAUUUAAUAUAAUAUUUAGUAGAUACACAUACAAUAAAUAAUAGCCUCUCAUUCAUUUGAAAAAAAAAAACCCGUGUUCAGCAAGAGCUCUUUCACUAGUCAAAUCCCCCCCCCCCGAUUAUAUAUAUAUAUAUAUAUAUAUUGUUUAAAGUAGAAAUAUUCUUUGUAAAAAGAUAAAUAACCGAACACCAUAGUAAUAAGUACAAUUUUUUCUAUACUAGACAACUUCUAAAAAAAAUGUAAGUAUACAAAUGAUAGGAGCAGGGGGAAGGGGUUGGGAGUUGAAACCCCCAAAAGACACAUCCUUUUAUUGGUAUAAAUACUAACGCCAUGCGUGAAAAAUGUCACCCCCUCCUUCUCUAGCUUGAUUUGGAAGGUCUGUAGGAGUGUUGAAAGCUAAAAGAAAAAACCGCUCCUACAAUAAUAUGGUGAAGAUCAUGUUGAAAUUAAACUCAAUUAUUGCCAUUUCCUACAAACAACAUUUAAUUUCCGAGUUUGUUGAACUCAUUUGGUCCAAAGGGAGCCGCUAGACAUUUCGAGAGAGGCUAGGUUUUUAACCCCCCCCCCCCCCGUCUACGUUAUUAGACUCUAGAGUCUACUGAAUUCGAUCUGUGAAUAUUUUCAAUGUGUGUGUUUUAUUGUGGAAUACUGGAGUCCAGUGCUGGCCGAAAUAUUUAUUACGAUUUUAUUUCGAGACGGAUUAUCUGAUUACAGGUGACGGCGACUCUUUUUAAUAAUAAAAAAAAAAUUUUAAUUAGAAUAUUUCCGUUGUGAACGGUCGGCCUAGUUUUUUUUUUUUUAACCUAAUUUAUAUUUAUUUUAAAUAAAGUUGGCAGGUGUAACUCCUCUGCUACAAGUCUUUUUUUCGAGACGUCCGAUUUUUCGCCGUGUUCGUAACGAUCAUGAUCAUAGCAUAAUUGUGUACAUAAUUAUUAUUGGUAAUAAUAAUAAUAAUAACAAUAAUAAUUAGGUUUAUGAUUGUUUAUAUUUUUUUCAAUAGGUAAUACGAUAAUGUUAAUUAUAUUGUAUAUUGUUGAUCGAGUUAAAAAUGGAUUCUAUUUAAAAAUGUAUCGAGUAAUUACCUAGUAACAGCAAUAUUAUUAUAAAGAACCCGACGCUACAUAUUUAAUAGUUUCACAACAGAUUUGAACUUUAUACCAGGUAGUGGAUAUUUAGAUCGAAUCAACAAUUUAUUAUCGUUUUUAUUGGAUAGGGCCGCUCGUCAUUAAAAAAUCAUAAUCAAUUACUCGUUGUUUUUUUUUUUUUUAUUAAUAAUUAUUAUUGGUUUGUUUAUGUGUAGAAUAGUAUUCGCCUUGUUUUUAGCGUUUGUUGGUCAGUCCGAAUAGUUCACUUCCUUGUUAUAAAACAUCUGCACGAUUGCGGGGUAAUCUAACAUUCCAACAUACUUACUCGAAAUAACACGAAUAUUUUAACGAAACACAAGAUAGUACUAAUACGUUUUAAUAUUACAAUAUUGGUAUAGAAUUAUUGGGGGAGUGGUGCCAAGAGAGACACAUGUCCCACUCUUGGAAAAUAUUCAAAAACACAAAAUUUGACUUUUUUCUUGAGUCCUGACCAGAGCUUUGAUACACUGACCAUACGAUUAUCGUAGAUACAUUAUCUCGUAAUGAACCAAUUAUAGCACUUUAACAUUUUUUGUAGGUCUUGUGUUCUUUUAAAUGCCCGUUUUGGUAUUUGGUUCCAGUUUAUCCCUCCUCUGAAAAUUAUCUUAUAUGUGCUCAUUACGCCCAUUAUGAUUCAUAAUGGUCCUAAGCUGUAAAGGUUAAUUUUUUUUUGUUAAAUUCGAUGACGAGUACCAUAAAUUUUGUUCUAUGUAUUAAAAAAAUAAUUAUGAUAAAGUUUGAGUGUAAUAGGUCAACGUCUUCCCGUGCCCCGAAUGUGUUAAAGGUUUAUUAAUCGUGGAUUAAUUUUCAUUUUUUGUAUAUCUUAAAUAUUAAUGUUAGUAUUUAGAUCGGGGAAAAUGUCCAAGUUGUCCUCCUCUCUGUAUUAGGUUGGAAAAGUGCUCGGAAAUUAUAUAUAUAAUUCAUGCGUAUACCCACAAUGUAAACCAAUAAUAUAAUUCGUCGUAUAUUUCAUUAUAAUAUUAUAAAGGAAGUAUAACCUCUUGACCUGUGAUGACGAUAACUAUGUCUAAAAGUAUUUCAUAUUUGUUAUAAUGUGUAAUUUGUAUAUUAUAAAAACUAUAAAACACUGAUGUUUUUAAUCCAUAGGUGUAUUCACACCUGGGGGGGGGUAGAUCCCCAUACAUGGUCUUUUUUUCAACGACAAUUAACGGGUAUUAAUUCAAUACCUAUUGAAUUAUUGUUACUUAAAUUUUUAUUUCACCAAUCGUCAUUAUCACUUAUCAUUUUUUGUUUCACAGCGGUAGGCAUAUUACCGAAAUGUACAUAGCCUAGGCACUACGUAUAAAAUAAGCCAAUACCAUUGGCCAAUAUUAAAAUGGGCGAUUUCCUACCUUUUAAUAAUGAUAACAAAAUUGAUUUACGAAACAACUGAUACCCAGUGACAACUUACAUUGAAAAAAAACUAAUUGAAAUUACUUACUUAAAAAUCAAGAAACGAAAUAAUUAUGCUUAUUGUAAUUUAUUUAAAAUCACAAGAAAAAUAUAAUUUUUACAAAAGUUAUUAUUUUGGAUUAUCAUUUCACAAUUUUUUUUAUAAAUAAUUAAAAACCAAAUCGUUUUAAUAUUACCAUUUUCCAUUCGCAAUAUCGUAACUUUAUAUUGUUUAAAGAUUUGAUAAAUUACAUUUUAUUUUACCCGUCCACUUUUUGGGUAGAUGAGUGGAUAAAUAUUAUUGUGAUUCGCAGCGCCACUGGUACAACCUAUACCAGUGACCUACCUAUAGUGCAAAGUAUUCCUGGCAAUAAUUUAAUAGGUAUAAAAUUAUUAAUAUAUUACUUAAAAAAAAAAACUAAUAAUAAUAAUAAAUUUAAAAACUAACUCGCAACGUUCGCGUAAAAGUAUUCAAAUAUUUUUGGCAGUACGUACACUAAAGGUCACACACUGCAACUGAUUAUAACUAGACGAUAAUUCACUCGGACCACUGCAGUCGGCAGUCGUUGCGUAAAAUGUGUUUUCCGAAAGUUUUAUUUAGUGUUUUACCCACGUAUAAAUCAAGUUAGUAAAGAGACUAACCAAAUAGGUACCUAAAACUCAUUUAGAAGCGAAAAAAUCGAAUUCAAUAGGCAAAGCAGAUAGGGAAAUGAAACGUCACUGUAACGAAGAUCGCUGCAGCAGCAACGGAAUCCAGGUAUAGUUCAAGAGAGCGUGACAAUACAAUCAACAGGUGGUUUUAUUUUCGAAUAAUUAUUUUAUUUUGUUCUAAAAUGUGUAACAUAUUGACAUUUGUGUUAUUUGUUUUAUUUAGAAUCGUUACUACUAGUUUUAUUAUAAAAAAAUAUUUAUAUUUUAUAACCAACACUGUGGAAAAACAAUUCGAAUUUAAACUCAACAUAUUUAUUCGUGUUAUGGAAACGUAAUACUUAUAAUGUUUCAAUAAUAUCAAGGGAAAAAGGGCUUGAAUUAAAUUUUCGGAAAAAUGUACCUAUUUAUUUAUUCUAUAUAGAUACCUAGAAAUGAACAAUACUAAAAGGAAUGUGUAUUAUAUUAGUUAUUGUAUUUGACCCUAGUAUAAAUAUUAUUUCCGUUAAAAGCGUACAAAACGACAUAAGUCGUUAUUUAUCAAUUGAUUAACAAACAAUGUAAUAUCGGUCUAGAAGUAUGUGAUCAGGCAAGACUAUCUUCUUUAUUCACAAUAAUACUAUAAUUUAAAAAAAAAAAAAAAACAUGCAUUCUUUUUUUUCCCCCUCCCCCCUCGUGUGAGAAAAAUUAACUUGACUAUAUUUUAAUGUAUAUAAGCUGUAAUUACGCAAAACGUACAUUUUGAUACAACUAUGUAAGUAGUAAUUCGAUGUAAUGCAAAUAACCAUCGAUUAAUAUGGCACGUGCUAUAUCUAUAUUAUGCUUAUUGUAGAAGGUAUAAUUAAACCAUUUUAUUUGUUUUAGUAAAUGGUUACAUUUGAAGUCGAUAUUUUAAAACGAACAACAAAAACUACAUAUUUGCAUUUGUGUAUACAAAAUAAAAAUCAUAAGUGAAAAGUUUUUCGUUCGAUUUAUGUGGAUACAUUAAUUUUGUUAAAGCGUUUUUGACAAUUUUAAACGAUGUUCAUCAUAGGUUGUUUUCUUAGUGGUUAAAUAAAUAAAAGUUGUGCGUAAAUGUAGCUUUUUUUUUAUACGCAAUUAAAGUUUAAAUGCUUAUGGUAAUAUUGGAAAUCAUAAAAACCUCGUCAUUUUUUGGUUUAAAAAUUUGACACGAGUUUAAUCUUAAUUUGUACUGCAGAUGGUAAAAAAAUAAUUAAUGAACCAUAAAAUACAGUUUUUUUGUACAUACAUGUAUAUAUACUGUGUGUCCCAAAAAACAGGGGUCACUUUACUACUCGUUACCCUGUAAAUAUUUUUCAAUUCCGUUUGUGGGACAUUAUACUAGACUAAUGGAUUAUAAAUUCCUAUGACUUACAAUUUUUUUAACUUAUGUAUUUUACGCAUGCGCAACAAAACUUACAUUUUUUUAAAAGCAACUCCUAUUUUGAAUAUCAUUUUCGCAUUCAUCAAUUUUUUUCGAGUAAUUUUAUUGCAUCAACUUGUGUUCUAAACCCAAAAUUGGCUUAUCUAUUUACUAUUUAUGAAUUAUUAUCUUACUUUAUUUUUACACAUGAAAUAAUCUAGUAUUCUAGUUUUAUUAUCUACCUAUACUUAUUAAAAUGCCAUUACCUAUUUUUGUGUUAGGUAUUACGAAACUCAUUAUCAGAGUCAUGUGUCAUUGUGGUCUUUGUAAUUUGACGUUUUCUGUUCGUUAUUGUCAAUAGGUAUUGUAAAAUUAUAGUUUGAAUUUUGUUAAAAUAAAAUUUUAUUUCUUGGUAUUUCUUGGUGACGUCUGAGCAAAACCCAUUAUUAAUUAAUCAUAUUUUGUGGACUGACCAAAGUAAAUUUACUAAUAAUGGAAUAUUAAAUAAAUAAAAUAAUCGUUAUUGGUCGAAUAAAAAUCCUCAUUGGACUUUUCCUACAAACUUCCAAGCAUGUUGGAGUACAAACGUAUGGAUUUGGUUUGAUUGGUGGGAAAUUACUAGGGCACCAUUUCUACGACGGAACUUUAACGGGAAGAAGAUACUUCGAUUUUUUGCGUGAUGAUUUGCAAUUACUCCUUGAUGAUUUAUCUUUAGCUACACGUAGAAACAUGUAUUAUCUACAAGACGGGGCACCUGCUCAUAAUGCCCGAAUUGUCCAAGAAUUGUUAAGAAUACGAAUUGGUGAAAAAUUAAAAUGAAAAUCUUAUUCUUAAAUGAAAAUCAAUUACUGUUAGCAACUAUUCGUGAAUAUGUAACGAUAUAUACAAUAUGGAAUACAUCAUAAUUUUAAUCAACUAAUUAUAUCAUAAUGUAAUAUUAUAUAACAUUAAUAUUAUCUACACUACAUUUUAUUAUAGUGGACACCACUUUAUUUUAUCAGUUUAUAAGUCAAUUUAGAUUAAUACAAAAUACUAUGUAUUACAAUUAAAUAUCUCAUAUAAUAAUAAGACAUGAUAAUAAUGAGAACCGGACAAGACCACUCCACUCUUUUCCCCUUUCUUUUUCAUAAAAGACUCCUCGAUUCUUUCGGCCACCGAAUCCUGCCUUGGCUACUCGUCUUCUUUUUCGUCUUCCCGCCAGUGCGUGUUAUUCCGGCUUCUAACAUUCCGAUAUCAUCAUUUUUAAUUAAAUCAAGUGUUUAUUUUGUCAUUCCUACUACCUAUUCUCAUCAACAUAAUAAAUAAAUAUUAUUAUACCUGUAUUAAAACUCAACGUUGUUGCUGAGGAUACUCCGUUCAGGAUAGAUAAAUAUAUUAUUUUCAUAGUAUAUAUUUUAUAUUAAUUGUUUUUUAACGUCAUAGGCUGUAAUAAGUAAUCUAAGUGAUUAGUGAGUAUACAUUCAGUUGCUCUGUACCCCUUUAUUCACUUUAUUACAAAUGUUUACGUUGAUUUGAGGUAUGCACUUUACACAACGAAGGGACUUUCGAACAGUUUAUUGAAUAGAUUAUAUUUGUAAUUUCUGUAAAUUAAACUGUCAAUAAAAAUGUAUAGUAUUAUUAAAAAAAUAUAUAAUAGAAUUUAGAAUUUUGUUUCCUGAAAACACAUGUUUAAACUAUGUUAUUUCAUAAUGUGUAAUAAUAAUAAUUUUGAUUGUUUCAUGAUGUUUAUAAGGAAAAAUAAGUACGUAAAGUUAAAAAAAAAAAUUAAAUUAAAUUAAAUUUUUUUUUUAAAUUCUACUUAGCUCUAGUUAAGCCAAUUUUGGGUUUAGAACACAAGUUGAUGCAACAAAAUGACUUGAAAAAAAUUGAUGAAUGCGAAAAUGAUAUUCAAAAUAGGGGUUACUUUAAAAAAAAUGUAAGUUUUGUUGCGCAUGCGCAAGAUACAUGAGUUACAAAAAUUGUAAGUCAUAGGAAUUUAUUAUCCGUUAGUCUAGUUUAAUGUCCCGCAAACAGAAUUGAAAAAAAAAUACAGGGUAAUGAGUGGUAAAGUGGCCCCUGUUUUUUGGGACACACGGUAAAUAUAUAUAUAAUGAACCUAUAAGCGUUUUUUAAAUUUUCACGAAAAUGGUAAAAAUGAUUGCAGCAUUUUAAAACGAGUACAAUCGAACUUCGUUCGUUAGCAAUGAUAAAUCAUCGCAUACAAAUGAAUAAUUUUACCUUUUUUACUUCUCACAUACAAUCGUGGAACACCCAUCAGCAGUAUCAGCUCUUUUUUAAAUUUAUACUAGUUCAGCUCGACGGAAAUGUGCGUAGAGCAUAGGUAACGAUUGUAGUGAAUAAUAGUAUAGUAGAAAUAGAGACGCAUAAAAACCCGUAUUAUUAUACUGAAUAGUUGAAAGUAGACGGAGCGCGAACGGUCGACCGACCGCAUGGGACCCUGGUAGUCGUUUCUAUGAACAUGUCACAACGCUCUCCACAAUACACAACACUCGUUUAUAAAGCGUCCUUUUUAAAUAUUCGUAAAUUUUAGUCCCAGUUUUUUUUUUUUUUUUUGUGUGUGUGUGUGUAUGUGUGUGUGUAAAUAACGUUGUUAUUGUUGAAGUGUUGUUUCAAAAACUUUAUAACAUAUUUCCAGUAACACUUUCGAUUUGAUCGGUGCAUUUGGGGGAGAGGGGGGGCAAUUUUUUGAAAAUGAAAAGAACUGACAAUUUGUCCUAUAACUUGUGUCGAUUUCUUGGUUACCUUGGCAACAAGGGAAAAAUGAUAAUUCUCUGCUUAGAAUUUUUCGUUCUCAAGGUUUGUCGUUUUAAUAACUUAAAAGUGGAAUAUCUCGUCAACGGAUAGACGGAAAUAAACAAAUUUCAACUACAAAAUUUAUUUUAAUUAAUACUCCAUUUAUCUGUGAAAUGUUCAGUAUAGUUUACCAUUUGAAAAUCAAAAGUCUGUAGUUUUUGGUUUUACCGCCAAAAAAUAACAUAAAAGUAAAAUUGUAGGGCUACUUGUUUCUUAAAUGUUCUAUACAACAAAUUUUUAAAGAAUGUAUUACUUUAUAAGAUAAUGAGUGUCUUACGAUAGAUUAAUCAAUCUGUAUAUAUUAACUACAUACGUAAAUUUGAUUAUAACAUAUUAUAUAAAUUGUAUAUAUUAUUUUAAUUUCAUUUUCUAAAAGUGAAAGAAACAAUAAGUUGUAAAUAUUAUGCUAUUUUAUGUUUUUCAUUACUUGUAUUAUAAAUUAUAUUAAAUAGUUAUUUUAAAACAAAUUUUAUAAUUUAAUGAUAUUAGUGAACUGACUGUGUGACCCUCAUAAUUUUAUUUUAGUUACAUUCUUUUUUGGGAGGGGAGAGAUACAGUCCCCUCAAAAAUAGAGUUCUUUUACACCUAUGGCUGGUGGUGAGGAAAGCGCAGUCCAUUUAUUAAUAUGUCUAUGGUUUGCGUAUACAAUACACAAUCGUGUUUGAUUCAAAAAUGAUCGAGUGGGCGUCGUUCAUAGCCAUGCAUUAUAACAAACGACUUUAGAAUAUGAUCGUCGAUCAUAAUUUUUUAUUUUAUUCUAUCGUAUUGUAAUAACCGUUAUAAUUAAUGUACUUGCGUUUAGAGUCUAGACGUACGUCUGUACGAUCGCGUACAAGAUCAAAUCGUCAAUGCAAUAUAAUUGUUAUUUAUACGAAAGUGGCGCCCGUAGUCGAUACGUCACGCCGCUCUGGCUAUCAAUCGUAUUCGUACAGACUGAAAAAAAAACAGUUCGCAAUUAAUUAAAAAUUAUAAUACAUAAUGUAUCCAAUAAAUAUCAGUACAUUAUAUUUUAUACAAGCUAUUAUUUGUUUUGCAGCAAAGAACAAAAAUCAAAAUCGUAUGCAGUGAACCUGUCCAACGAAAAUUUGUCUCUUAACGCAAACGGAUCUCCGCCAUACGACCCACAUGCCCACAGGAUACUGGAACACCCGACCACGUAAGUAUAAUUAUGCUACUCCCUCAAUAUUUUUUAAGUAUAUUUUUGUAAAUUUGAUAUACUUCAAUAGACUAUAUUAUUAUGUGAGUAAAUUUUAACUUGCCAUUAGUAAAACCAGCAAAAGCGUAGAUAAAUUUAAAAAAAAAAAAAAAAAAAAAUGGGAAAACUUGAUUUACAUAUUAUUUACAUUGAUAUAGAUACCUACUUGUAGAAAAUGAUAAAUUCAAAUUAGGUAGAUACCUAAAUGAAAUGUAUUCAUAGCGAUUUGAAAACGAUAUUUUUGUUUCAAUGCGAAAACAGUCUAAGUGACUUGUGAUGGUGACUUUUAUUGACUAUCAUCACCACUUGUACAGUUCAUAAUUGAUCCAUUAUAUAUUAUGUCCAAUAAAAUGGGUAGGUACCUAAUCAAAAUCGUGAUGGUAAAAAAUUAACAUUUUAAAUGCAAUAUAUUUAUAUCAGUAGUAUAAGAAUGUAUGUUCUGUCGUAGUUGAUACUUAUCACAAUUUUAACAAUAAUUUUUACACUAUUUUAUCUCAAUUUUUUAAAUAUCAAACUGCACCAGAAACAUUCAACAAAACCAUUAAAAAUAUUAUAUAAAACAAAAAUAAAAAUUUAGCUCAUGAUCCCCCAAUUGAUGCUGAAAAUUGAUUAGAUAUUUCGACAUUAAAAAACUUAUUUGGAAUUGAGAUGUUGAAAACUAAAUUUGAUAUUGAGAUGCUGAAAAAAUAUAAUUGACAUUUCGCUAUUGGUAUUGAAAACUUUGGUAAAUUUAAAAUUCGAAGAAACAUAAUUAGUAAAAGAAAAAAAUAUUUUAUUUUGAUAUUGCAACCUUAUACCUAAAAAAUAGCUUUUCGAAAAAGAUUUACAUUACCGAAUAAGGACCACUUAUAAUUAGUUUUGAAAUGUACAAAAUAAAUAAGUCAUCAACUUUUAUCUAUAAUAUUACAAUAUUCUGUCUACCAGAAAUGGAUGCUGAUAUAUUAAACAAUUUUCUUUUUUAUGAAAAUUAUUAUUCCCAACUCCUUCUGCAGCAAUAAAAUUUAGUCUUCUUAAAAAUGCAUUUAAAUUAUUGAUAUAUUUAUAUUGUAUUGGAUUUUGUACCAGAUUUUUCAAGUUCUAUUUUUCUAUUAUCAUUAAUUUCUUUUCAAAAAGGAGAAAUCAUUUUUAAAUAUUUAUCCCCUUUACUUGAUUUAAUUCUUCUUGUAUUUUUAUCAUUAUUUUGAUAUAUUGAAUCUGGUUCAAGCAAUACAUUUUUAUUUAAAAUCCUCAGCAUUAUAUAAAUUGAACCCAAAUAGCUACUGGUUAUAAUAAUCUCCAUAAACCCUUUAUAUGUUUUAUUAUUUAAAAUUAUGUUAUUAUUGUUUAUAUUAAUCUCGUUUUUUCCAAUUAUAUAUCUGUAUUAUAUCAUAUUCCAAAUUGUCUAUCAUUUGUCUUUGGUAAGUAUUUUACUACAAGUUCUCCUAGAAAUACUGUAGAAUGAUCUGUUUGGGUUUGAUUUUCUCUUGUUGGAGUGUUAGUAAUACUUUUUUGUGUGAUCAAUUUAUUUUGUUUAUCAAUAAAAUCUAGAGUUUGAGUAUAUGAUCUCACAGGAACUAUAAAACGAUGUAAUAUCAUCAUCUGUUUUUCUAACAGCUUUUUCAAUAUUUUUUAAACCGGAUGUAAUAGGCUCAAAUUCCUUUCGUUUUUUUACUUCAUUAUUUAUUUGUUUUUCUGUUUCAUUUCUAUACAUAUUUUGCAUCUCUUUUUCAAGACAAAUUGUUCUUUCAAUCUCUAUCUCUGUUGGUACUGUAUUGAGAUUUUUUUUCUCUUCAGGAACAUAUGCAUUCUCUUGAAAAUGUACUGUUUUCUUUAUUAUUACGUUUUUUUUUAUAUGUAUUUUUUCAAUUUUUUUUCAAAUUUAAUCUUUUCAAUUUCUGGAAUAGAUAUAUUAACUUUUUCUUUCAACAAAUUUUCUUUUCUACCUUUACUAUGUUUUUUUAUAUUUUUUUCGUUUUUAACUUUUUUAUUAUAAUCUUUUUGAAUUUGUUUAAUAGUUUUCAUGUAUUAUAUAAAAAGAAACUAUUUUUUUUUAUAUACAACAAAUAAUUAAGACGUUUAUUCAGCGAAAAAUAAUCAAUCUAAACGUUCAAUAUAACAAUUGUUCAGUUUUCUAUACAAAUAUUUAUUUUUUAUAUCCGUCAAUAUAAAUCCAUAUCGAACCCCUAUUUAUUUUGUACGUUUUCAAAACUAAUUAUAAGUGGUCCUUAUUUGGUAAUAUAAAUUUUUUUUGAAAAGCUAUUUUUUAGGUAUAAGGUUGCGUUAUCAAAAUAUUUUUUUUUUCUUUUACUAAUUAUAUUUUUUCGAGUUUUAAGCUUAUCAAAGUUUUCAACACCGACAGCGAAAUGUUGAUUCAUUUUUUUCAGCAUCAAUUGGGGGAUCAUGGGCAAAAUUUUUAUUUUAAUUUUAUAUAAUAUGGAGUAUUAGUUAAAAUUUCAGUGUUGAAAUGUUUGAUUUCUAUCAAGUUGUUGACGAGAUAUUCCACUUUUAAGUUUUAAUGCAGGGGAGUAGUGGAGUAUCAUUUGUGUAUAGUGUGCGGUAUGUUAAUAAUGCUUGUUUCUUAAAUGUUAUGGAAAACAAAUUUCGAAAAAAGUUAAAACUUUUCCAGAUAAUGAGUUAACUCAUUUAAAUGGAUCACCUGGUACCUAUUUAAGACUUUUGGAAUUGCGGAUCAGUACUGAAUUAUCAAUAAAGUUCUCAUUUAAUUACGCCCCCUCCGAGGUCCCUUAAUUGGAGAACCAAAUAUACCGUAAUCCUAUAGUUUACUAAAUGUAUUUAACACUUAUUUAAUAAAAAUUAUAUUUUUUUAGGAACUCAGAGACGCUCAUCCACUUGCUCAAGGGCAGUUUGGGAACAGGGAUUCUUGCUAUGCCCAAUGCCUUUCUCAACUCCGGUUUAUUGGUUGGUACCAUAGGCACUAUACUCAUUGGAUUCCUGUGCACGUAUUGCUUGCAUGUUUUAGUAAGUGUCUUUCAGGCAAUAAAACGCGGCUAAAAAAAAUUGACUAGGUCAAUAAGAAAAUGUAAAAAUUAAAAAUAUUGUUUUAAAUACAGUGAAAAUUCAAUAAAAAUACUUUUUUUUUAAAUUGACUAGAAUGUUGGGAAUGGUAGGAAUGAAAAGAGUGGUUAUACAAUUCUAAAUAUUAAUUUUAGAGAUGUUAACUUUACAAUAUUUUGAGGUUUGAGUCCAAUGAAAAAAUAGUAGACAUAAAUAAUAAAAUAUUUAUGAUUUGGGAAAAAUAUAAACUUUAAAUUAGUGAAAUAUGAAGAAAACUGAUUUUAUAAUUUAGUUAUUCUUGUAAAAUUUUUAUGUGUGUUUGUAUUUGAUAUAUAACAUGAUAUUAUGAUUUUAAUCUUUUGAUAUAGGUUAGAUCUCAGUACCUGUUAUGCAAGAAACUGCGAGUGCCCAUACUGAGUUAUCCAGAUUCUAUGAAAUAUGCUUUAAAAGAUGGUCCGGAUUGUUUGAAAUUUGGAGUCCCUCUUUCCGCGUUGGUGAUUUUAUUUCAACUCUCAUUAAUAUUACUAUUACAUAAACACGAUCUGAUAAUUUUUCUGUCAGCCUAUACAAAAAUGAAAGCCUUUCUCCAGUUUUAAAUUUUAGGCUAUUUUUGUAUAACUUUUUUUUAGCAAGUAUAUUCUAGGUCAGAUUGGGCUGCUUGCUUAUUAUAAUCAUCUCUUCUUGACUCUUGCUGUAUCUUAUAUCUAUAUAUAAAAAUUAUGAUUCUAAAUUAAUGUGAAAUGAGAUGAAACAAUAAUAAUAAUUGCAUUUUAUCAAGUUAUCUUUCGUAGGUCGCUAAUUAAAUCAAAUAAAUGCUAAAUCGCAUAAAAUAAUGUUACUUAUAGCUGACUACUUUAUUAUUAAAGUUACAACAUUUAAAUUUCUGACAUCAAUAAAUUUGAUGUAUUAAUGAGAUACACAGUGCAAAUGUUAAUUGGUUUUCUGUGGCAUAUUAUAUAAAUAUAUGGAAUACAUACACAAAUAAUAAAAUAACCACUAAUAAAAAAUAUUUUUUAUACUACAUUCAUCAUCUCUAUAUUAAUUAUUACAAAUUCUUACACACAUCAUGACAUUUAAAAAUUAUACUUACUCAUACAAGCAUUAAAAAUAAACAAUUUUAUAAAAUAUAAUUAUAAUUUAAAUGCACAUUAGAUAUAUCAAAAAUAUACACACCUUAUUUUUUUUUUUUAAUAAGGAAAUAAAUUUUAAGUACCUGCAUGGCAUGUUUAAGUAUUUAAUAAAUCAGAAUCAAAAAUAUCAACAGUCAAAAAUAAAAAUCAUCGAAAUUGUAUAUAACACCAAAUGAUAGUAUUUAAUACUCAUAAAAAAAAUUUCAAAAACACUUUGUAGUCAUUAUUCAUAGAAUACAAUAUGAUUGUUCUGUCAAAUGGACAUAUUAGUAACUUAAAAUUUUUGUAUUUUAUUAUAAUUCUUUAGAAUUUUGAUCAAGAUUUAAAUAAACUAGUUUUUUUUUAAAUAGUUUAAACUAUUCUUGAUUCUUGAUUGGGUUGAUAAUAGAACUUGAUUAAAACACAUUUUUAUAAUGUAAUUAAGUUUAAAAAUAAAAAUAUAGACCUAAUGUUGUAAUACUGCUGAGCCACUAUUGUUGAUGAAAAGUUAAUAAACAGGAUACAUUUGAUUUAUAUCUGUAAGCAACAAUAAACUAUUACUAACCAAAAAAUGAUUCUGAGCAGAGUUCGUUUAUACAUAAUAUUUAAAGUUUGUUCUUAAAAGAACAUUAUAAAAAAAAUGAUUACAUUAUUACACUCUAGUUUCUUUCAUUAACCACUAAUUAUAACUUAAAUCUCUUGUUAAAUUUUCAAGAAUUUCUGUUUGAUCAAACAAUUAUAUCCACAUUGUACCUACCAAAUAAAAACUACGUACAAUAAUCUUGCUAACAUAAAAUUCAUAUGUAUAGCUAAACAAUUUUCCUACAUCUAAAAUAGGCAAAUAUAAGUUUUCUGUCAAAAUGUCUUGUCUACAAAUAUUUGUAUUUAACUGUGAAUUACACCAAAAGAAAAACUAAUAAUAUUGAAAUCAUUAUCUUUGUAAACUUUUUUUUUUUCACGUUUUUUUCGGUUUUAUUUUUAAAACAAUUAACUACUCACCAAUUAGAUCCGCAAUUCAAUAAAAAAUUUAUCUUAAUUUUUCGAUUGUAGCAAGAUUUCUAGUAUAAGAGUUGCUUAAAGAUACAAAAAGAAUAAAACACAUCAUGUUAAACCAAUUGAUCCUUUUUUUUACUUCAAAUUAAAUAAUUUUUUUUUUAAUUUAUCAGCCAAAAUUGUCUUCAUUAUGGUAAAAUUAAUUAAUAACAAUCAUUAUUUAUUCUAAAAAAAAAAAUAAUUUACUGCAAUGACUAUUUGUAAAUAUGAGUAUGUAUGUAUCUGUAUCUUACACAUAUAUUAUGUUUUUAAAUUGUAUAGACAUCCGCAAUAGUAUUAAUAUCAAUUACGCUCUGCAUGUCUAGUGUGUGUAUUGACUAAACAUUGUAGCAGUAAUAAUAAUACAUUUCCUUUAUGUGUGUAUUUUUUUUUUUUAUUUUUUUUAUUUUUAAUUUUUAUUAUCAUUGUUAUGGCCUUGGCAAGAGCCAUUUUAAUACACCUCAUGGUCAUUAAUUAUAUUAAACUAAAAUGAAUGUAAGCAGCCAAAAAUGAGAAAACAAAAAAAAAUACCAAAUGUUUGGUGUAUUUAGGUACUUGACAGAUUUUCAUUGUUUUUCUUUCUCCAGGGUGGUCGUUGAUGGGUUUUUGAUCGUCUAUCAGUUAGGCAUCUGUUGCGUGUAUAUCAUGUUCAUUGGAUCCUCCCUCAAACAGGUAAAUAAACCAUAACUUUACAAAUACAGAAUAAUUGUAUGGAGUCUAAUAAUUAUUGGUAGCUAUUCUAUUUCAAAAUAUAAAAACCCAUUUCGAGUAAUUAAUAACUAAUCUAUAGAGUUUGAAUGGGAUGUUAUGGAAUGAUUGUAGCGCAAUAUUAUUUUUGUGUAAGUUUUCCAACAUCACACUUGAUUUAAAACCUUUUUGAUAUUCUCACUAUGACAUAAAUCUAAAAAUUCAGAUGAAUUCAGAUAACAAAUUCUGAAAAUUCUAAUUUUGGAAUUUGAAAUUCAAUAUUUUGAUUUCAUAUAAUCCAUUAUAUGUAUAUUAUAUUAUUUUAUUUUCUAUAUUUUAAAAUAUGUAAAAAGUAAUUUUUAAAUACAUUUUUUGUUUUUGAAAUUCAAAAUCCAAAUUACAAAUGCCAAAAAUUCAGAUUAUUGAACAUCGACAAACUCAGAUUUUUCCCACUAAUAGUUUGUACAGCUACUAACUAACACCGAUAAUUAAAAUUAUUUUUAUUUUUAUCCUGCAGGUGUUGGACAUAUACAUUACACCAAUGAAUGAACGGUAUUACAUGUUGUUUAUGUUAAUCCCAUUAGUGGCCAUCAAUCUGAUAAGAAACCUAAAGUUGUUGGCUCCAUUCUCGCAGUUGGCCAACAUCAUCACAUUUGUUGGUCUUGGAAUUGUCCUGUACUAUAUAUUCCAGGAUUUGCCACCUGUAUCAUCUAGACCGUUAUUUGGCGAACCUAUGAAAUACACCAUGUUUGUGGGUACUACACUGUUUGCUUUGGAAGCUGUCGGCGUAGUAAGUAACCACGGCUGUCUUUUGCAAUUUAAGUAAAAAAACUAUCUAAUCUAUAUAGUUUCAAAACUAGCUGAACAAUACAUUUACAAAGGUAUAACUUAUUUCAUCUAAGGUAGAGGGGGGUGGAAUUGUGUUUGUUUUCAAAAUUCUUAUUCAUUAAUAAUUUUAAUUUCCGAACCGGCCAAAUGUAAAAAAUUUACCAAAUGGUAAAUUGUAAAUUUCAGGAACAGCUAUAGAACAAAGGUUUUUCUAACAAAACCAACUGAGUAAAUCAAAAUGAUCUAACUAAUGCAAUCAUUGAUUCAUUUUCAUAUAACAAAUCUAUCUGUUGCUAGUUCCAUCAUAUUGUACUAAUCUGUUCCAUCUCCUUCACCAGUUCCCCAUUGUUUCAUUGAUGAUAAGUCCACAUAUUUUCCUAUACACUAUAUUUUCAACAAUUAUCAAGUUUUUCUUUGUCUGUUUGGUUGCUAUCUAUGCUUUCCAACCAUAUAUAUAGGUAUUACGUCAAAAUCACGAAACCACAAUAGCGAAUGUCGAAAUAGCUAAAAGAAAUAAUAGUGAAUGUUCAAAACAGCUAAAGUAUAGUAUUUUGAAAUUAUUAUUAUCAGUAUUUAUUUGUUAUGGCACGAUAGAUUUGCCAAAAAUUAAUAAUUCUGUCAAAAGUAAUUAUAAUGUAUAAACAAAUAUAUUAAGUAUGUUUAAUAAGUUUUUGUAUAUUAUAUAGAAUUGUGAUUUUAGUAAUUUACUUGAAUCAUGUCACACAACACUUUGGAAACUUAUAGAAAGGUUCAAACAAGAACUGACCAAUACAGAAAUUAAAGUAGAGCAAUACAUAAGAGGACAAAACUCAACAAAAAUAAAAAAUAUCAAGAUACUGUGUUAAGAUUAAAAAUUGAAAAACAUUAUACGAAAAGAAAUAUUGUUAAUUAUUUCAUGGCCUACAAUUUAUUACUACAAGUAUAAUAAAAUAAUAUAAUAUAUACAGGGUAAUUCACUAACCGUGCUCAUCCCAUUCUUUUGGUUAAAUUUUGCAAAUAUUCAAAUUCUGAUUUUUGGAAUUUUUAAAUGUAGUUAAAGCCAAUAUUUCCAAAUACUUAGAUUUUUGCAACUUUUAAGGAGUAUCUUAAGGUGGUUAGGUUAACCUAACCUAAUCUUAAGGUGGCAAUACCAAUUUUGGUUUUUCAAAUGAGAUCCUAUAUUAAAAAUUCCAUAAAUAGGCAGAUUAUUAUUUUAAAUAAAUUUUGGUGUCAACAUUUUUAAUUUCUGUCAGCCCGUUAACAAAAUAUUUCAUUUUUAAAUAUAGGUCACAGGAGAGUAGUGGUACACUAAUAAAAUUCCAUGCUCUGUGCCGCCACACAAAUGAUACUUCACUACUUUUCCUCUACCUAAACUUAGAAGUGGAAUAUCUCGUUAACGGGUUGAUGGAAAUUGAAAAAUUUUAACACCAAAAUUUAUUUAAAGUCAUAGUCUGUCUAUCUGUCUAUUUAUGGAAUUUUUAAUAUAGGUUGCUAUUUAAAAAUCAAAAGUUGGUAGUAGUUCCAAAAACUCAUUUGAAAAACUAAAGUUAGUGUUACCACGAGAUACUUCUUAAAUCUUCUUCUUAAAAAAAUCUAAGUAUUAAAAAAUAUUGAUUUUAACUACACUUAAAUAUUCCAAAAAUAAGAAUUUGAAUAUAUGCAAAAAAAAAAAAAUGUUAUGAGCACGCUUAAUGUUUACACACUCUGUAUGUUUUAUGUUUUUAUUUUUUGUAUUUAAUUUGUAUAUCCGAAAGACUGAUGUAUCACUAAACAUGUACAAUAAUAAUUAUUGUAAAAUAAUAUACUCAAGCUGUUUUGACAUUCGCUAUUAUGUCUUUUAGCUACUUUGCCGUCACUAUUUUGACAUUCGUUUUUCUGGUUUCAUGGUUAUAACAGUGAUUUAUAUGUGUGAGCUUAUCUUUUAAUAAUUUGUUUUGAAAAUAGAUGUCUCAAAUUAUUUUUUUGAAUAUUAAACAUUGUUCAUAAUAUUAACUUCAAGUUAAAUAAUUUUAAUCCAAAGGUAUUAGCACUGGAGAAUAACAUGAAAACCCCGGCGUCCUUUGGUGGCACAACUGGUGUACUUAAUGUUGGCAUGACCGCCAUCACAAUCAUGUAUGUGGCGAUGGGAUUUUUUGGAUACGUCAAAUACGGUUUAGACACCCAAGGAAGUGUAACACUCAACAUACCGAAAAAUGAAAUGUAAGUAACAUUUUGUGUAUAUAUUGUAUAAUUUUAAUGUUUUCUGGAAAACUAUAUAUUUUUAUUUAUCGUUUAUUCUAUAGCCUCUCACAGUUAGUCAAAAUAAUCUUUGCGUUUGCCAUAUUCAUUACUUACGCGCUCCAAGCGUACGUUCCUGUAGAAAUCAUCUGGAAUACAUACAUGAAGAAAAGAAUUCAGAAUUGGGACAAAACGACAAUGGAAUAUUUACUUCGCAUUUCUGUUGUACUCAUUACUUGUAAGUAUAUGUAAUGAUCAUAAGACUUUGCUUAUAAACUAAUCUUUAAAUCCCCAUAUUGAUAGAUAAAGUAUGAUCAAAUUUGUUUUUAGUAAUUAUUAUUAUCUGAUUUGUUAGUUUUUUUCUGUUGAUUGAAGUGCAUUUAUUUAAUUUUGGGUUUAUACUCAAAUCUAUGUUAUUCCUUAUUAAUACUUUUACCUACUAACUUUUCAAUAUUUAUAAAUAAAUCAACUUAUAACUAUGCCAAAAUACACAAAAAAAAAAUAUAUCGUAAAAUAUUAAUAGAAAACUUAAAACAGUGUACCUACUUAAAAUAAAUAUUGUGUUCAAAAAUUGUCACCAUUUUAUAACUACUCUCUAUAAUGUCUCUUUAAGUAGGUAGAAAAAAUGUACCUGAUUGGACACAUAAAAAAAAAAAUAAUAAUAAUUAUACCUAGUGCCUUUUAUUGUAUGGCAAAAUAUACUAUUCAUAUUAUUAUUAAUUAUAAUUAGGCCUCAGAAAUUAUAGGAGGUAAAUUAGGUAAAAUAUACACUAACAAAAAGUGUUUAAUAUGAACAAAUGAAAUGUUAUAUUUUCUUAUCACAUUAAGUAGUACAGAGUUAUACAUUGGACAACAUUAUAUAUUUAAGAUACUGACAACAAACAGUUAACAAUUACGCCAAAUAAUAUUAUUGACAAUUAAAUUGUUGUGUUAAUCUAUAUUUAUUGUAUUAUCCUAUUAUUAUUAUUAUUAUUAUUAAAAUCUUGUAGAAUAAUCACGAAAAUUAAAUUAUUGGAAAAUUCCAAGAAUGCAUGUGUUUAGUAUUAUUAUAUGAGUUAUUGAUAAUACUUACUAGAGAUUGACAGUUUAAGACCAAUAAUAUGUGUAAUAUACUAAUGUGUAUUGAUCAACUUUGUCAAAAAAAAUUGUUGGAAAAAAUGUGUGACAUAUUCUUUUUUUUUGAAUAUGGUUAAAAUAAGCAAAAACACAUGCAAAUCUUACUUCUUUAAACCCUAAUUAUUAUAAUACAUUAUUUGAUCCUAUUAAGUAUUUUUCCUACACUAAACCAGAUUUUUAAAAGUUUAAAAAUGAAUAAUGAAUAGUCAUAGUGAAAGAAUAUUUUAGGACAUUAGUUUAAUUUUUAAGUGUAUUAGUUUUCUAUUUUUAUUUUAUGGUAUAUUUUUCUGUUCAUUAUUAGCACCAUAAGUUAAUAUUUACAUAUUUUAUUCUUAAAUACUGCUAAUACCCAAGAAUUUGUUAUCAUUGUUAUAUUUUAUACCUGUUUAUUAUUUUUUACAAAUCCAAAUUAAUUAUGUUUUGUAGUUUAAAAAAUAAGGUAUGUGUCACUUUUUAAUAAACGUAUAAUUAAAUUUAAAAAAAUUAAAGACACAUUGAAUAACUUACAGUUUCUUUAAUCUUUUAAUAAUAGCAAAAUGCUUGCUUUGAAGUAACUAUUAGUGUGCCAAAUGACAAUAUUAUAUACAUGUAUAUAUUAUGAUAUUUAUUUUUGCCAAUUUCUGACACAAACCUUUCUAUUUAUUUUCUUCACAAAUGUCAAACACAAUUGUUACCAAAUCCAUUAAUCCAAAAUUUGAUUACACAUUUUAUCAAUAAACGCUACAAAUUACCAUCAAAAAAUGUACAAUGAAUUUGAUUUCAGUCAAAUUUUCAUUCGUUUUUAAACAUUUUCUUUUUGCAAAUGCAAGUUCAAAAAUAUGACACGGUCAACAAUUAAGAGUGAUAAAAAUCAGUUGCCAUAUUUUGAAAAUAAAGUAUUAAGAAAAAUGUAGAGACUAAUAAGAAACUCAAGUACAGGAGAGUACAAAAGGGAGAAUAAUACAGAAUGGGAAAAAUUGUAUAAUAAACCAAGUAUCAAAAAUAUGUUAUAUCCCAUAAGACUUAAAUAGACCAGACAUAUGUGGCGAGUACACAGAAAAAUUAUAAAAAAAAUGUGGUGAUUAGGACCUUAUCCAGAAAACGGUCAUGUGGAAGGUCCCGGCUGUGAUAGCUAACAGACAGAUUAAUGAAAGACAUUAGAGCGCUUGAUUAAUCCAAGAAUUAAAAGACUCAGAAGACCAGGAAGACUGGAAAAGUUUAGUUGAAGUUUCUAAGAGACUAAAACACUUGAAAAGCAAAAAAUAAACUUUGUAAUUUGUCUACAGUAAUAUAUUUUACCUAAUUUUAAAAUCACGCGGUGGCUGUUAAUGGCUGCUGCUAGGUGUAAUAAAUACUUGCUGAUGUAGUAAUAAAUUGUAAAAAAAAAAUCUAAAUAAAACUAAUUAUUAGUAAUUAAUCUCCAUUUAAUUAAUUUAAAUAUAUUUUGCAAAUAAAAUUAUUUUACUUGUCUAGAUAUUUUUCUGAUUUAAAUUGAUUAAACAAAUUGAAAUCAUAAAAAUUAAGAAAUAGAGAACCUAUAAGAUAAUUGAUUCAAAAGUGUUUAGAAUAUUAAGUAGGUAUACCAAGAUGCUUCGUUCAAAUAUGGUACGAUCCUGUAUAAUACAGGACAUAUGGAAUCCUAAUAUAAACCAAACAAAAAUCAAAAUCUCUGAAUACCAAUUGAUAAUUGUUGAAAAUUGUAUUAUAAUAUAUAUGUUUUUGAUUUUACAGUUUUGUUGGCUGUGUCUAUACCACUGCUAGAGCUGUUCAUAUCAUUGUUUGGUGCCUUAUGCUUAUCUGUGUUGGGAAUAGCGUUCCCCGCACUUAUCGAGAUUUGUGUCUUGUGGCCUGAACGAAAUUUCGGCCGCUUCAACUAUGUAUUCUGGAAGGACAUCUUGCUUAUCAUCAUUGGCAUAUUAGCUCUGAUUCUAGGUACAUACAUCAGCCUCAGUGAAAUCAUCAACCAUAAAUGAAACUCUCCACAGUAUCUACAGUAUACGUUCAUAGUCAGCGUUUAUUAUUCCCUAUGCAAAUUUUCAUAAUAAUUAAUUUCUUUUUUAUUAUUAUUAUUUAUAUACAUUUCAUGCAAACUGUGUUCAUCGGGUUUUAGUUUAUUUUUGGACCAGUUUAUUUUGCUUUACUGAAAACAAUGACAUUUAUGUUGAACAAUAUUAUAUAAUUUAUUAUAUUAUAUUGUAUUAAUAGAGUCUAAUUUUACGCAUUUUGCAAAAAAUAAAAUUAUGGCUCCAAUUUAUCUGAUCAAUAUUACUUAAAAAAACAUUUAUUUUGGUUGAUUUUCAAUUUCAUUUCAUUUUGGAUUCCUAAGUUUGACAUUUUAUUUAAUUUACAUCAAAAGAGUAACAAUGACAGCAAAAAAAUGUACACCUUUUUCCAUUAUUAUUUUUUGUGUAUAUUUAAUUUACUGUUUUUGACACAUAUUAAUAUUAUGUUAUAGACUGUAGAUAUGCUAUUUUGUGCAUACUUUUUUUUUUAUAUUUAUUUAUUUAACAAAACAAAAGAUAUAUAGCUUGCUUCCUCUGAAUACUUUAUUCAGUUGAUGACAUUAUUUAGGACAAGAGAAUAGCUCAAUAUAUAAUAUACAUUUUUUUUUAUUAAAAAUAUGUUGGUGAGUUUAAUCGCAGUUAUCAUGUAUUUUAAACUAAAGCAAUAAUUUAUUUUUAUAUACGUAAAGAUUUUUAUAUUGUGCCUUUUAGACAAAAUGAUACUAUAUUAUUAUUAUUAAUAAUAUAAAUAUUAAUUUAGUAUAUUUAGGUACCUAUUAUUUUUAUAUGCAUAUAGUUUUCUAAAAUAAAAAUAUAAUAUAAUAUGUUAUUCAUUGUUGUUACUAUAACCAUUGAUUAUAUACUGCACUACUGUAAUGAUAAGUUAAAUUUAUAUUGAAACAGACUAUGAUUAUUAAUAAUAAAUUAAAAAUGUUUUGAUAUUAAUCGCUCUAAAAAUGAUGUUUAAAAUAUUGUAACAAUAAAUUAAAGCCUAUUAUUCUUAUAUGAAAUGUAUGUUAAGGUUUUAUAAAAACAUUGUGUAAAUAAAAAACUAUGUUCAUACAAAAUUAUAA